CUGUAAAUGGAAACGGCGGCCCACGGCGCCGCUAGCCCAAGCCCAGUAAACUUGCUAAAUAGACACCCAGUCAGAAAAGAAAAAACGUAGCGGCUCAUCACGGCUCCCCGCUACCGCCGCCGCGCCGCUCCUGUCCCCCUCCAUGGCGAUGGAGGCCUCCAUGGCGAUGGAGGCGGGCGCCGCCCCAUCCCUCUGCUCUCCCCACCAAGGAUCAGAUCCAUCGCCGCCCCUCUUGUCGCUCUUCCCCCAAGGAACAGAACCACCGCCGCCGCUCCAUCCCUCCGAUCCUCCCGUGAACUCCUCUUAUCCGGCCGCCUCCAUCCCGUGCGUUGAGCAGCCGGUGUCCGACGAGGUAUUCGAGGAGAAGGGAACCAGUCCAGUUCAGAAGAAGGAGAAGGAUGGCAGCCAUAUUCGGGAGAAGAAGAUACGGAAAAAGCCGGAUGGCAAGAAGCUCAGGCAGGUGGUGAAGGGAAAUAGUCGUGACACCGUUGUUCAGGAGUCCGGUGAGGCCUGUGAGGAGCCGCAGCGGUCCAGAGAUGUCCAUGGGGGGAAAAGGUCACUAUCUCGUGCAAGUGAAAGCUCAAGAGCAGCAAAGGUUGCGAGAACUAUUGAUUCAAAAGUUGUCAUGACCCAAUUGAAGACCAAAAUGAAAGGAAGAAAAUUGCCUCCAAUUAUUUCGGGGUCUCCUAUGUUGAAUCUGAUUGCAAGAAAGAAAGCACAAACAUCCGGACGGUCACCAAACCAGCUUGUAAGGUCUCCAAGGUCCACUGGGACUUUGAAAUCCCCGUCUUUGGAUGCUCUCUCGCCUGUUUCUGUACAUGCUACUCCAGCUUCUUUGCAUGCUCUUUCGCCUAUUCCUGGACAUGGUGCUCCAUCCACUAUGCGUGAUCGUCUUGUUCCUGCUCCUACCCACGGAUCCAAGCGCAGACCACGCAAGUUGACCUCUAUCAUUUGGAGGGAGGCUGAGCCAAUAUAUAUUGAUGGAUUUCUGAUGCAAGGCCAAUGCAACUAUUGCAACAAUAUAUUUCCAGCCUCUAAGGUCUCAGGUACUAGUCAACUUGCUAGACACCUCAAGGUAUGUGAGGUCAAAUGUUCAAUGGAUGGGUUGGUGCAACAAAUGAAAAAUUCUGAUGAAAUAGACCCUGAUUGGAAAUUUGAUCAAGAAAUCGCAAGGAGUGAGCUUGUCAAGUUAGUUGUCUUGCAUGGUCUGCCUUUCUCAUUCGUCGAGUAUGUUGGCUUUAGAAAAUUUUGUGCAGUAGUAAAUCCCUGGUUUAAACCAAUCAGUAGAGUAACAAUUCAAAAUGAUUGCAUAGAAGCUUACCAUCAGUAUAGAAGUUACAAUGAAACUUUCUUCAAGAAUUGCAAUCAUAGAGUAUCACUAACUGGCGAUAUGUGGACCUCAAACCAAAAACUUGGGUAUCUCUGUAUCACGUGUCACUGGAUUGAUAAGAACUGGAAAGUUAAGCAUCGAAUCAUAAGAUUCUGUCUAGUUGAAACACCCCAUGAUGCUUGGAAUAUAUUUGGCGUGGUGCUGCAGAGCAUCCGUGACUGGAACAUUGAAAGUAAGAUAUGUAGCUUCACACUAGAUAAUGCAGAAGUAAACACCAAGAUGAUUGGGCAUCUUAGGACAAAUCUUGUUGAUCGAAAGCUUAUCCAUCACAAAGGAAAACUUCUACACAUUCGGUGUGCAGCGCAUGUGUUAAAUUUGAUAGUGCAAGAUGGAUUGAAAUCCAUGGAUUCUGUUGUGGACAACAUCAGAAACAGUGUAAAGUACAUCAGGAGUUCUCAACACAGAAUAGAACAAUUUGACAAGAUGGUUCUGCAAAAUGGAAUAGAAUGCAAGCAUCAACCUUCAUUAGAUGUGUCUACAAGAUGGAACUCCACGUUUCUUAUGCUCGAGUCCACAUUACCAUUUAGAAAAGUCUUUGAGACCUUACAACAACAAGAGCCAAGCUAUACAUUUGGUCCUUCAAACCAGGAAUGGCAGAUGGUUGUAGAUAUUUGUCGGCUUCUAAAAGUAUUCUGCCAUGCGACCAAUAUCAUUUCAGGCUCAAACUACCCAACCUCAAAUCUCUAUUUCCUCGAAAUCUGGAGCGUGAAAGUUGUAUUAGAUGAACAAGAAAAGAGCAGCAACGCUACAAUAAGAAUCAUGGUGAGAGAAAUGAAAAAGAAGUUUCAUAAGUACUUCAUGGAGUCAUAUUUGACAAAUUGCAUACCAGUGGUUCUCGACCCAAGGUUUAAAAUGGAGCUUGUCGAGUUUCGAUUGAAAAAAUACUUUGGAGUUGGUGCAGAUAAACAUAUCCUAGAAGUAAAGGAAGCUAUCGCUGCCUUGUUUCUCGCAUAUGCAGCUGAAGUUGAAGACUUCAAUAGCAUGUCACAAGAGCAAAGUGGCGAGGAAACUGGUUUGGCUGAUGAUGCCCUUUCAGAUUUUGAUGAACAUAUCAAGCUUAAGAAAGCUAAUAGCUGCAACGAGCUGCAACGCUACCUAGAAGAAGACUUUCAUCCCCGUACACCCGAUUUCGACAUUUUGAAAUGGUGGGCUGUGAACUCUCCAAGGUAUCCAGUACUUGGCAACAUUGCCCGUGAUGUACUGGCUGUACCAGCUUCGACCGUUGCCUCUGAGUCUGCGUUUAGCACGUGCGGAAGAGUUAUAACUGAUCACAGAACUAGCCUUGGAGCCGAAAGUGUUGAAGCAUUGAUGUGUUUUGGGGAUUGGAUUAGGCGUGGUGAACCUUCUUGCGAAGAAAGCAAACCUGAUGAGGUUUCGUGAGUGUUCAUCUCAGAGUUGUACAUGAGGCAAGUAUAUUUUACAAAGCUUACUGGCAAGAAAGGAUGGAAAGGUUGCCAAAGAUGAAGAAAAUGCAAGCAGAUCUCAUGGUCCAAGCAAAAGAGAGUGAAUGAAGAUCAUCCUAGUGUAUCAGAAUCCUAGUGUAAUAUUUUGGAGACCAGGGAUUUACUAAACUUGGGAUUUACUGAUGCAGCAAAUUGUCUUCUGUUUUUUUUUGUUUCUUGCUUUAAGAGUUUGCCACUUUCAUAAGAAUGGAAGUAUUUGGCUAUGCAAGAGUUUGCCCUCCUGUCAUUCCUACUGAUGUUAGUGAAACAUGAUUGUCAGUAUUUGGCUAUGGAAGAGAAGCAUUUUUUUCCACAAGGAAGAGACCUGCUUAGCCACUUUGGAACUCCAUUAUUUAUUUCUGUCCAAAUGAAAUCUUCUAGGGGGUACUCUGUUCUUUCCAUGGGACAGUACUUGUCCAGUUGUUCAUUGUUUUUCUGUGUGAUACGAUUAUUGACAUUUCCUUUUUAUCCGAGAGCUCGUAAGGGUGUGUAUUAUUUGAGUGAUUGAUAAUUUCUGGAGAAUAGAGCUUGCUCUUGUCUGCCUUGAUA